AUGAUCGCGGAGGAAGAUCGGCUUCGGCUGGGGAUGCGAGCUCGGAGCAACGACAAGUUCUCAGGGUCUGUCGGUAGGAGCACAAAUCACGACGGAGCGGCAGUCGACGACCCACGAGGAGACACCGCUGAAGACGGUCCAUCUCGGCUCCGGGAUCGCGUUUACCCCGCCAUCGAGUGUGGGGUUCGUCUCCAUGGAAGGAGGUGA